AUGUCUCUCUCAAAAGGUGCUAUCAAAGUUCUCUACGACGAAGAAAAGGCCAACCCAUUGCACAGCAACCCCACUGUUCAAAUCAUCAACAUCAAGGCUGUCACUGUGCAAGGCGGCAUCCGUCACAGAGUCAUUAUUUCUGAUGGUGUCAACUUUAUGCAAGCCAUGCUCGCUCAGCAGCACUCACCUUUAGUUGACUCAGAGCAAAUCAAGCGUCAUAGUAUCAUUACACUCAAGGAAUUCGUCUGCAAUCCUCUUCAAAAUAGAAAGAUCUUAAUUCUUUUGAACUUUGAUGUGGUGCAAGUGGAUGUUGACGCCAAAAUUGGCGCUCCUGCCUCUUUGGAGAACUCCAAUUCCUCCAGCGCAGCCGGCCCAUCUACUCCUCCAGUGUCAGCUGUCAAGCCAGAGCCAAAGCCAGAGCCCAGAAAUGACUACAACUCCAACUUUUCGUCUGGUAAUGCUGCCAACAUGGCUCUGGAUGCCAAUGUCACUGGUAUCAGCAACUUGAAUCCCUAUCAGACUAGAUGGCACAUCAAGGCUCGUGUCACUCAAAAGUCAGAAAUCAAAAAAUGGCACAAUUCAAAGAGUGAUGGUCAAUUGUUCAGCGUGCAUCUCUUGGAUUCCUCUGGUGAGAUCAAAGCUACCAUCUUUACUGAUCAAGUGGACCGUUUCUUCAACUUGUUGGAGGAAGGCAAAGUAUACUACAUCUCCAAGGCUCGUGUCACCAUGGCUAGAAAGCAGUUCUCUACAUUGAACAAUGAGUAUGAGUUGGUGUUUGAGAAUGGUACCGAAAUCCAAGCUUGUGAGGAGGCCUCCAACAUCCCUCAAGUUAAGUACAACUUUGUAAAGAUUGCUGAUAUCGACAAGCAUGAAAAGGACAGUAACUGCGAUGUUCUCGGUGUUGUUACUGAAGAUAUGGGUAUUUCUGAGAUCAUCACAAAAACCACUGGCAGACCUCUCAAGAAGAGAGAGUUGACUCUCGCCGAUGACUCUCUCAAGACCAUCCGUCUCACUUUAUGGGGCUCUCAAGCCGAACAAUUCGAUGCUACCGGCUCACCUGUAAUUGCGUGUAAGGGCGUCCGUGUCAAUGAUUUCAGUGGUCGUUCCUUGUCAUUGAGUGCUUCCGCCACUUGCAAGAUCAAUCCCGACAUUCCUGAAGCCAAACGUCUCCAACAAUGGUACACAGACAAGGGCGUCAGCUCACAAUUCAACAGUUACUCUAGUACGGUCGGUGCCAGCGGAGAGGGCAUCACCAAGCGCAGCAAGAUAACCCUACAAGAAGCCAAGGAUGAAAAGUUGGGUACGGGCGACAAGCCUGACUACUUUGAAACGAGAGGCACUAUUGUCUUUGCUAAGUCUGAGAGUUUUGCCUAUCCUGGUUGCCCUGAAUGUAAGAAGAAGAUUACUCUUGAAACGAAUGGCUGGCGUUGCGAGAAAUGUCAAAAGACCUAUGCUACACCCGACUACAGAUACAUCUUGACGGCGAGUGUCGAGGAUGCUACUUCUCAAAUCUACUGCAAUUUAUUUGAUGACCAAGGCAACUUGCUGUUGGGCAUGAGCGCAAAUGAGCUUACCGCAAUAAAGGAGGCUAAUACUUCUGCUUCUAAUGCUGCCAUCAACAAGAAACUUUUCUCCACCUUCAACCUCAAGCUCAGAGCCAAACAAGAAACAUACAAUGAUAUUACUCGUAUCAAGUAUACUUGCGUUGAUAUGACUCCAAUUAAUUAUGUAAAGGAAGGCAAUGAGCUUGUUAAUAGCAUUGAGAAGCUCAUCGAUGCCUAA